CGUAAGUUGGCAGACUAAAACUGCUUUGCUUUAUUUAAAAAUAAAUUAUAUAAAAUUUUUAUAAUUUAUAAAUUUAUAAUUAUAAUUUUUAAAUAAAUUAACUAAUAAUAAACACUAUCUAGCUAUAUUAAUUUAAUUAUAUAUAUUUUUUUUAACAAUUUCAAAUGAUGGCAACAAAUGUUGCUAGCAAAAUGUUGCCAGAGAGCGCCCGAGAGCGUAAGAGAGAGAUCUGCCGCGUCGUAUUAAAUAUUUUUAAAAAAGCUUAUAUAUCGGCGCGCGGAGUUUUUUUUCUUUUUUUGUCGGAAAUGUACGAACCGGUAACGCAUGUACGAACCGGGUAAUGGAAACGGAUAAGAUCGUGGGCGAUGGAUUUAAAAAUAUAAGAAUACAAGUAUAAGAAUACAGGUAUAAGCAUUUUUUGGAAACACACUGCUGUUCGUUGUCGCCACCGUAGCCUCUGUCGCCGUUGCCGCGUCGUCGCUGUCGCGUCGGUUCUCCGCAAAUAGUUUUAUUAUUUUACUUAAUUUUAAUUUUAUUCGGUAUUUCGCGACUUGUGACGUUUUUUUUUAGGAAGUGCGCACAUAUGUGCGAUUAAAAUAAUGCCAAUGAGCGGAUUCCAUGUGCUGGAUGCCAUAAACAAAAAGCAGAUGAUCUAGUGGGAUCUAAAGUGCAAUUUCUUUGUUGCAAAGAUCGCUUCAAACUCCAAAAAAAAAAUCGAGCAAGGCUAUCAAGGUGUCAUUGUGUGUGUUGUGUUUUGCAUAUAUAUGUGUGUGUGUGAGUGUGUGUGUGCCGUGUGUGUGUGUGUGCGCAAGCGUCGCGUCGCAAUGCGAAUGUUAAUGAAAAACACAAAUCUAAAAAUCACUAAAUAAUCACAUACAUUUGAAACAACAAAAACAACAACAUCGGCAGCGGGAACAACAAAUAAUAUUUUCAGGGGUUUGAAGUCCGCUGGCUCCGGCAUGUAUUCCAACAAGGAGACAAAGACCGCCACGAAGGCGCACAAAAAGACGCAGAAGGUUAACAAGAAGCAGCUGGAGAAGCAGCAGAAGCAUCCGAUCCAACAGGCCCAGAACGGCAGUCUGCCGAACGGCAACAAGAUGAAGUCACCGGGGGGGAAUGCGAAAAGUAGUCCCCCGUCCAACAUCAACAACAACAAUAACAAUAAUCACUCCAACAUCAACAACAACAAUAACAGCCAAUCAGUGACGAAUAGCAAUAACAAGAGUACCUCCUCGGCUCCCGUCAACGUUGCCCAGAAAUUCCGGGAGCACUACGAGGCCGAGAGGAGGAACCAGGCGCUGCUCAAUGGGUCGAACACCUUGCCGGGCUACGAGAACGUGCCGAAGAUGGAGCGAUCCAAUAGCUUCUCGUUGCGCAACAAGCUCUCCAAGUUCAUCAAUCACCUGACGGGCAGCAAGGAGAACCUAUCGCGGACCGACGACGACGGAGAAUCCGGCCGGGCACCCUUCACCUUCACCCGCAGCCGUUCGAUGAUCCUGAUGCGGCGGCCCAACCGACGGAGCUUCAUCGAGCCGCAGUUGGAACAGCUGUCGGAGGAGGCGGAGAAAUCCGGAGAUCUCACUUCGCCGGCAUCUCCUCGGAAGACCUCGACGGCGGAUCUGCAGGACAACUCUCCGAUCCUGCGACGGAGCGAGCUAACCUCCUCCGUACGAACUCCGACGCGUCGCCAGUCCGCCCAGCCCUUCACAUCGACGCCGCUGGAGGACAUCCAGCCGCCGGCCCAGAGGAAGGCCUCCCUCAUGUCGCUGAACAAGACGGAGCCGACCAAUCCCCAGCUGAACUUCCAGAAGAGGCGCUCCAACACCCUGAUAGCCUCCUUCAAGAGCACCUUCAGCGGCCUGACCGGCAGCAGUGGGGGCGCGGAGAAGAAGGAGAAGAUGAACCCCAAGUGGAGUGCCUCGCUGCAAUCCCUGCAGGCCAUCGACAACAUGGUCAGCUACGCCAACAUGUCCUUCAUCGACUACGACAAGUUCAACGGCUACGAGAAGCAGCUGGAGCGGCAGCAGUCGCUGAUGAGUCUGGCGGAGCAGCCGGCGCCCGCCGCCACCCAACUGCCCCUGCCCGCCACCGCCUACACCCACUCUCACUCGCCCUCUCCGCUGGGCGAGCCCCAUCGCCAUUCCCUCCAGUUGGACUCCUCCCGGGAAGAGUCCACCAGGACGGUGGUGAUGCGUCGGCGGCGGAGCAAGAACUCCCUGGAGGGGGGCAGGAGCAAGACCUCCUUGGAGGGGGGCAGGAGCAAGACCUCCCUGGAGGGCAGGAACAGCAUGGCUAGUCUGAACAGUGCCUACAACCUGGACACGGACUACGAGCACAACCUCGACCGGGUGCACAACGUCUAUAGGGAGAGUCUGGACUCCCGGACUCUCGAGCUGUUGAACUCGCGCUCCCGAAACUCCUUCAUCCAGGACCAGGCGGUCCUCUUCGAUGCCCUGAAUCUGGAGGACGGCUCUGUGGGACGCAGGUGCUCCUUGUGCCGGAGCAGAAGUUUGCGGCAGCAGUUGGAACGGGACGCCGUGGACGGUCGGGGACAUCCAAAGAAACAGCUGAAAUCGAAGAGCCUGACGCACUUGGAUGGCCUCGACUCCGGCGUUGUGGCCUGCCAGCACGGUCCUCCGGGAAUCGCCACCAGUUCCAGCACCACCGCAGCCUCCGUUUCCGCCACCGCCGGCGGCACCACAAAUACCGGAGCACCCGCAUCGCUGGGCCGGCAGGCCAAUGUGACUCCCCAGGCGGAGAAGGCCGACACCCCCGCGGCUGCAUCGCACCCACCUCACCACACUCACCCACCACCGGCACAGCCUCUGCCGCACCACCCACCCACCAUAUACACCCAGGCACCGCAGAUUGUGCGGCGGACACCGUCGCUGAUGCUCUCGCUAUCUCCGACGCUCGACGAGACCACAAAAACGGCCAGUUCGUCCUGUUUCGGUGCUGGACACUCCAGUUCCAGUGCCGGAUCCCUGCACCAGCACCACCAAAGUCUGUCCAACCAGCAACAGCAACCACCCAGCAGUAGCAGCAGCAGCACCCCAGCCACUCAUGCGAUACCCUGCUCGAAACACUUUCAGUACCAGGAGGUGGCUGCCACGUCCUCGACAUUGAGUCCCUACAGCACCAGCGCAUCCUUAACCACCGGAGGUGUCGGCGGUGGAGGCUUGACCUCGCCGGCCGGCUGCCCCACGUCCUCCAGCUCGGCGGCGAUGAAAAAGAAAUCCUCGUUCAUGAAGCGCAAGAAGCCACUGCUGACACGCAGCGAGGUAUCAAGUUCCGAAUUCUUCUCCGUGUCAUUCUGUUUGGACUCCUCGCAGCAUUCCGAUGAGGAGUUUAUUCCAGCCACCAAAGGUGUAACCCUACUUAACGCACUCAGCCACGCCCUGCGUAGGCGGAACAUUAGCUUCUCACAGAUCACCAUCACAGACAAUAAUCCCACGCCCAGUUUUUUAGAUGCAGGACCUUCGCUGCUACCCGUUUCAGUGGAUGAACAGACCGAUGUGGAGAGCCUGGCCGGACACCAUCUUUGCAUCACGGAACGUGGCAGCAAUCGCAAGCCCCUCCAGAAGGCAGCCUCCUUUGGCUCCCGACAACCGCCGCCCCGACUGCUGCCCUCCGUUUCCACCGAGGAGACCAGUGAGUCGGGCGUGGCACCCGGAAAGCAGAUCAAACAGAGGUGGUCCUCCAUCUUCGGCAUCAAGAAUCCCCAACAGAGCCAGCUGUGCGAGCUGCUCAAUAGUUAUGCCAAGAACGGAGUGCCCCAGCGACCGGAUAGCCUCACCUUCGAUCAUCCGGAUCUAGUCAAUUCGCUGGCUUACCUCCAGGACAUGCACGUGUCCUGGCGCGACUUUGUGGAGAGUGAUGGGAUGAGUGAGAGUGAGAUCAAGAUCCAAACGGCCAUUUGGGAGCUGGUGACCACCGAAGUCUACUACAUACACGCCCUCCAAACCGUCACGGAUUUGUUCCUGGCCUGCUUGGAGGCUGUGCAGGAGGAGAGACUACUAAUCGAUGUGGACCAGGCGCGUCUUUUCUCCAAUGUGCGAGCCGUUUGUGAAGCCAACAUCAAGUUCUGGACCCUGUGGCUGUAUCCCAUGGUGGCUCACAGUGUGAUAACCCAUGAGCCUCUAAGAUGCGCCUUCUUCCAGGAGGGCUUCAUAGCCUUCGCCUCCAUCUUUUCACCCUAUAAGAUCUACUGUGCGGAGCAGAGCACCUGCCAGUUCUACUGCAAGGAACUCAACCAGAACAAUGCCCUCUUUACGUCCUAUUUGGCGUGGUGCGAGUCGCAGAAGAUGUGCAACCGCCUGCGGCUCGCGGACAUUGUGGUGCGACCCAUGCAACGCCUGACCAAGUACAGCCUCCUUCUGGCGGCCAUCAAGAAGCACAUGAGCGACGUGGACGAGAUCGAGGCCAUUGACGGGAUGAUUCACAGCGUGGAGAACUUUGUGUUCAGUGUCAAUAACCACUUGACGAUGCGCCAGGAGAACGAGCGGCUCAAGGGAGUGAUGGUGCGGAUAGAGUCCUACGAUGUGGUGGACACAAACAACGAGAUGCUGGACAAGCUUAUCAAGCAACACAGCCAGAUGUUCGACCUCUGUGCUCCCAUGCGGGGAGUUCCCGCCUACCAGGUGCGUCACCUCUUCAUGGAGGGCGACCACAAGUUCAAGGACAACCUCGGCAAAUCCGACGUGCACUGCUUCCUCCUGACCGACCUGCUCCUCGUGUGCAAGACCAUUGCCAAGCGAGGUCUGGGCGCCCUGAAGGUCAUCCGGCAACCGUAUCUGACCGACCAGCUGGUCGUCCAGCUGGCGCCGAACAACACACUGAACUGUGUGUACCUCAACGAGUUCCAGGUGGCCACCACGGCGUUCACCCUCCAGUGCACCGAGGCCAAGAACUGGUGCGAUGCCCUGUGGCGGGCCAAGACGAUCUACCAAAGACUGAAGCGCGGAGCCGGCGGCGGAGGCAGUGGCACCGGUGGCAGCGGUACGGUGGGCGGGGAUGGCUUCCGUUUCGGUGGCAGCGGCACCAGCGGCGGCACUGCCGACUCCCUCGGCGUCCGCAAGUCGCCGAUGAACUCCUCCAUCUGCAGCCAUGUCUCGAGUGCAAACAACAGCCAUAGUGGCAGUGUGGAGUGGAACGAUUCCCGCAACAUAUCCGUGGACUUUGAAAAGACAAACUCGGUGUCCAGUGACGAGGGCUCCAGCAUAAUGACGGGCAACCAUGGAGUGUCCUCAAAGGGCAAACAGCAAUUGAUUAGCGGCCUGCACAAGGCCAAAAUAGGCAUGAUGGGUCCACUGUCCUCCAAGUCGGCCAAUACGCUAUCCGUGCAACCGCUGAAUCACCUGGGCCAGAGCCUGCCCAACCUCAAUAUGCAUCACAGUCACACUAACAAUACCCUUCUCGUGCCCGGCACCACAACGAGCCACUCGGGCAACAUGUUGUUGUCGCCCAGCCACCGUGGCAUUUCCUACCCGCCGCCGAGCCCCACGAGAGUCCCGCUGCGCCGUGGCAUGGCCUUCUCCACCUCGACGAAGAAUCCGCCGCUGCGCAAGACCCGCAACGUCACCUCCCAGAACAGUAUUAACUGGCACCAGAUCCCGGCCACUCCGACACCGACACCGCCCAGCCCCCGAUCGCAGCACCAGGCCCCGGGCGUUGUCAGCCUGCAGAAGUCCCUCCCGCUGCUGGUGCCCAGCGAGGGGGGUCCGGGAGCCACCCACCAGUCGUCCCAUCCGCCGCCGCCGCCCCUGCACAAACAGCUCUCCCACCAGGCGCCGCUGCCCACCUCCAACCACCACAACCACAAUCCGAACCAGUCGAGCACCGAAACGGACGUCUGAUGGGUACGAGGACGAGGAGCUCCCAGGAUAAAGCCGCAUUAUGUACUUACCCAUAGAUCUGUCUCAAACUACGAAGAGCAAGUUGCUGGUCAAUGAGCACUAUAUCAAGACACUCGAAGAAAAAUCUAAUUAGAAAAUUGUCUAUAAAGAGAUUAACUUUUUUAUUCAAAAGAUUUAUGAAAAAAGGAUCAAACUCCACUAUUCUACAUUUUUAAAGACAAUUUUCUAAAUUAUUUUCCCUGCGAGUGUAAGACAUUGUGAGCUUGUAUUGUGAAAACCGCACUUUUGGGUCCAAAGCUGAUAUUGUACUAAUUUACAUUCCAUAAACUAACACAGAACCCCCAACCCGAAAUCCCAUGGCGAAAAUACAAUUUCAGAAACUAAAGCUCCGCACAUUCGCCACUUUUAUUCUUCCCAUAGCGAUAUGAAGACAAAUAAAGUAAAUGUGUAACCAAAUUGAAGUUAGAAAUACAUUUUAAAAUAACAUACGCAUAAUCCAAAUGCCAUAUAUACAGAAACCUAUACUUAAAUCGAGAUCACAAGCUUUAUAAAAGUGUUUCCAUACUAUUCGUGUAAGUUGUUACUUUCCAUAAGUAGGUCAAUCAAAUGUUAUGUUCAAAAUAAAUAAAUAAACAGACACACACAAUAUAUCCAGUAUAUAUCUUAAUCGUUGCAUGUUAAGUACUUCUGACAAAGUCCCAAAACCAAUGUCAUUUUAUUAUUUUCUGAGGGGUUUCUUUCAUUUUUACCAACAAAAAUAAAUAAAACUAAGUGUUACGUAAAAGUUUGUAUACCAAAAUAGAGUAUUAACCGAUUUUCGGUCAAAAUUUGUUUAGGAAAUUAUCGUAACUUAAUAAAUAAACUUUGAAAGUA